AUGGACAACCAAUCACAUUCUAAUACUAAUUUAUCACAAAGCAGUGAAAAUGCAGCGCAUAUUUAUAUUAAUAACUACGAAUUGCCCAUACGCUAUGAAGAUACAAGUACAGUCAAAGACGAACCUUCACUAAAAACUUUGCUCGAAAAAAAUUACGAAACUUUAAGUAAAGUAAAGCGUAGCAUGUCAUUAGAUGAUAUAAAAGAGGAGAACGCAGAGGAUAUUAUUAGGAUAAGUUCUGGCGAUGAUGAAACAGACUUUUUAGAAACAAUAUCGUUAGAUAGCGAUAGGUUAAGUUACCAUUCGUCUGAUUUCGAAUUUAUUGACGAAGAUGAAGCUAAAACUUGUGGUCUGUAUUCACAAAAUAAAAACAUAAACGAGUAUAAACUUCGGCCAAUUAAUAAAAACCAUGUAAUUCCACAAGGAAAUGAUUAUUUGGAAUUAUUUCAAGGACGUUACACUCCGUAUCCGAGAACGGAUAUGGAAAAUAAAUGUACAAAAUCGAGAUUUCCUAUGCAUGUCGGGUGUAAUGGGAUCGGUUUUAAUAUGUACGGUAUGCCACAGAACGUCUCUGAUGAACUAAGAAAUGAAGCAGCUGAAAACGCUAAGAAAAUUCGUCAAAUGUACCCAGCAGAAAACAUGCAAAAAAGACGUCGACCGCGACGCUAUUAUAGAUAA